AUGGGUAUAAGCGUGUCGGUUGCUUACCCUGAUGAUCACGUGACUGACCGGGAGCUGCCCCUGCCCAACAUCGGGAGAGAGUAUCAUACCACACAUCGCAAGCCUGGGAAAAGACCAAAAUCCAAAUUUCCAACUAUGGGUUCUGCCGAAUGCCUCUCUCUUUUGCACCAUCACAAAGUCAAAAAAUCAUGUCAAAACUUUGUCAGAGAGCCUCCGCUAGGCCCGAGCAGCCUCCAGCCCACAGGCUGGGCCGGGCAUCAGGCAGGGGGCAGCAGCCCCACACCCUCCUCUUCCUCAUGCCCUGAACAACUCGUCCUCCGGAUGAAUCCACACAGUCUCUGCCCAGAGCCCACCAUGGCUGCUCAUACCAUCAAGAAGAAACCCCACGAUCCAGCCACUGUGGAUGAAGUCCUGCACCUGCUGGAUGAAGAGGACACAGGGACAGUAGAAUUCAAGGAAUUCUUGGUCUUGGUGUUUAAAGUCGCCCAGGCCUGUUUCAAGACACUGAGUGAGAGCCCUGAGGGAGCGUGUGGCUCUCCGGAGUCUGGAAGUGGCGCUCCUGUGGCCCCCCAAGAGCCAGGAGAAGGGCAGAGAAGUGGCACUGCAGUGGGAAGGGCUGAGAAGAGACAAGGCCGUGCAGGGAGAAGCAGCACACAGAGUGAGCAGGCUUCCAGGGGGCAGGGCGGGCCUGGGUCUCAGACCCCAGGUCAGGACAUCAGCUCUGCUCAGGCCAGUCAUCGGGACAGGCAGUCUGAGUCCCAGAGACAGGAGGGAGCCAGGCAGCAGAUGCCAGCAAGGGGCCACGUGGAGCAGACCCAGAGAGUGCAAGGAGACAAGAGUCCUCAGACCAGAGAGAGGCGGGCGGAGAGGCAGUCACAGACCAGGGCGGACAGAGCCCACGGGACAAGUGGGACUGUCACUGGAACGAUACCUCAGACCCAGACAGGUGCCACCCAGACCGUGGAGCAGGACAGGAGCUGUCAGACAGGAAGUGCCAGCAUCCAGCCACGGGAGUCCACCAGAGGGACUGAGAUCCACAGCCAAGGCAGGAGUCAGACAAGCCAAGUGGUGACAGAAGGACACAUUCAGACACAGGCAGGGUCACAAACCCAGACACACACCCAGACCGUGGAGCAGGACAGGAGCCAUCAGACAGGAAGCGCCAGCAUCCAGCCACGGGAGUCCACCUGUGGCCAGAUCAGAGAGACUGAGACUCAUGGUCAAGACAGGCAUCAGACAAGCCAGGUUGUGACAGGAGGACACAUUCAGACACAGGGAGGUGCCACCCAGGCUGUGCAGCAGGAGAAGAGCCAGACUGCAAGCCACAUAGGGGCUAGAGAACAGAGCCAGACUCAGAGGCAGUCAGGCAGUGGUCAAAGAUGGACACAAGUGAUCAACUAUGAGGCAGGAGAGACAGUGCUGGGAGGACAGGCCCAGACUGGGGCAAGCGCUGUGACAGGCGGACAGCACCGGAGCAGCACUCACCCACCGUGCGGUGUGACAGGAGGGCAGGGAGAGAGCGAGCCCACCUUGGUUAAACAGGAGUGGGUUGAUGACCACACGAGGGAGAUAGUGAUCCAAAGGCAGGACCAGGGCAGCCUGCACACCAGUGUGCCUUCAGCACAAGGCCAGGCAGUGGCCCCGGAAGGCAAGCGAGGCCUCACAGCCAGAGGGCUGUAUUCCUACUUCAAAAGCAGCAAGCCAUGA